AUGGAGGCGUUCAGCAACAUGGGGAACCAUCUGGUUUCCAACUCUGCAGCCGCGAUCAACGCCAGCGACGAUAUUUCCACCGUCGACCCCGAUGAAAGCGUUCUCAGCCUGGCCAAAGGCCCAAGAAGGCGACAGCAUGAUGACGAGGAGUCAGAAAGUAUCGAGGAGGAUGACCUCGAGAGCCUUGCCAGCGCCGCGGUGGAUGGCAAAAAGCAAGCCGCAAAGGCCGAAGAAGACAAGGAACUACCACCGCACGCUUGCGCCUACUGCGGCAUUCACAACCCUAGUUGCGUUGUCCGAUGCCUCACUUGCGGAAAAUGGUUUUGCAGCGCCCGUGGUAACACUUCCUCCUCCCACAUUGUCAACCAUCUGGUCCGCGCCCGACACAAAGAGGUCCAAUUGCAUCCCAGCAGCUCCCUGGGCGACACGGUGCUGGAGUGUUACAACUGUGGUACGAAGAAUGUCUUUUUGUUGGGGUUCAUUCCCGCAAAAUCAGACACUGUGGUGGUGUUGCUCUGUCGACAACCAUGCGCCGCCAUGCCCUCCUCCAAGGACAUGAACUGGGACACUUCGAGAUGGCAACCACUCAUAGAAGACCGCUCAUUCUUGCCGUGGCUGGUGGCGCAACCAAGCGACCAGGAACAACUUCGUGCUAGACAUCUGAGCCCGCAGAUGAUUGCCAGAUUGGAAGAACUCUGGAAGGAAAACUCGGCCGCCACCAUUACAGACCUAGAGAAGGCUGCAAACAUUGACGACGAUCCUGCUCCGGUUCUGCUCCGAUACGACGAUGCCUACCAAUACCAGAACGUCUUUGGCCCCCUGGUCAAGAUCGAAGCCGACUACGACCGUAAGCUGAAGGAAAGUCAGUCGCAAGACAACCUGGUUGUUCGGUGGGAUCUCGGUCUGAAUAACAAGCACCUGGCCAGCUUCGUCCUGCCCAAGCUCGAGUUGGGCGACGUCAAGCUGGCCGUUGGCGACGAGAUGCGGAUCAAAUACACUGGCGAUUUGCGACCGGCUUGGGAAGGGGUCGGUUAUGUGAUUAAAAUCCCCAACAAUCAAUCCGACGAAGUCACCAUCGAAUUGCGUGCCAAAGGCGACCACAAGUCGGUGCCGACGGAAUGCACCCACAACUUCACGGCUGACUACGUCUGGAAAGCUACCUCGUUUGAUCGAAUGCAGCUGGCCAUGAAGACGUUCGCCAUCGACGAAAUGAGCGUCUCUGGUUACAUUUUCCAUCGUCUGCUGGGGCACGAGGUUGCGGCAGCACCUAUGAAGACCCAACUGCCCAAGAAAUUCAGCGUGCCUGGACUCCCUGAGCUGAAUGGCAGUCAGAUCAACGCCGUCAAGUCCGUUCUACAGAAGCCCCUGAGUUUGAUCCAGGGCCCACCAGGUACCGGCAAGACUGUAACAUCUGCCACUAUCAUCUAUCAUCUCUCCAAAAUCAACGGUGGCCAAGUCUUGGUUUGUGCUCCAUCCAAUGUCGCAGUGGAUCAACUUUGUGAACGUAUUCACCGCACUGGCUUGAAGACCGUCCGAGUGACCGCCAAAUCGAGAGAAGACGUGGAAUCGUCCGUCAGCUUCCUUUCGCUACACGAGCAGGUUCGAAUGAACGACAGCAAUGUCGAACUCAACAAGCUUAAUCAGCUCAAAUCGGAGUUGGGAGAAUUGUCGAGCCAAGACGAGAAGAAGUACAAGUCGUUGACACGCGCCGCCGAACGGGAGAUCCUGACCAACGCAGAUGUCAUCUGCUGUACAUGUGUGGGCGCGGGAGAUCCAAGACUGGCCAAGUUCAAGUUCCGUACUGUGCUUAUCGACGAGUCGACUCAAUCAGCCGAACCUGAAUGCAUGAUUCCCUUGGUCCUGGGCUGCAAGCAAGUCGUCCUCGUCGGCGACCACCAACAACUUGGUCCUGUCAUCAUGAACAAGAAGGCAGCCAAGGCCGGGCUCAACCAGUCUCUGUUUGAACGCCUGGUCAUCCUGGGCUGUGCACCGAUCCGGCUGAAUGUUCAGUAUCGGAUGCACCCGUGCUUGUCGGAGUUCCCUUCCAACAUGUUCUAUGAGGGAUCGCUCCAGAAUGGUGUCACGAUGCAGGACCGGCUUCGGCGCGAGGUCGACUUCCCGUGGCCUGUCGUGGAUUCGCCCAUGAUGUUCUGGUCCAAUCUGGGGAAUGAAGAAAUCUCGGCUUCUGGUACCUCUUAUCUCAACCGCACCGAAGCCGCGAAUGUCGAGAAGAUCGUGACGCGAUUCUUCAAGGCAGGUGUCCAUCCCAAAGAAAUCGGUGUCAUCACGCCAUACGAGGGUCAGCGCAGCUUCAUUGUCAGUUCUAUGCAAGUCAACGGCACCUUCAAGAAGGAACUGUACAAGGAGAUCGAGGUGGCGUCGGUCGACGCUUUCCAGGGACGAGAGAAAGACUUCAUCAUCUUGUCUUGCGUGCGAUCCAACGAUCAUCAAGGGAUCGGCUUCUUGAGUGAUCCCCGUCGCCUCAACGUCGCCCUGACGCGAGCCAAGUACGGAUUGGUCAUCCUGGGCAAUCCCAAGGUGCUCUCCAAGCAUCCACUGUGGCACUACCUGUUGCUGCACUUCAAGGAGCGCAACUGUCUAGUUGAAGGCCCGCUGAGCAACCUGCAAAUUUCGCUGCAUCAGUUCAGCCGACCCAAGCAGUCCUAUCGUGGGCCACAACGCUACCAAAUGGCUUACAACCAUGCCAGUCAUAUGGCGAAUGGCAUGAUGAAUGGUGGACGAGGGACAGGACUUCGCAACGAAUACCGGGAUGCAGGAUCUGUUGUUGGUUAUAUCCCUGAUGAUGUGUCCUCCCUUCAUUCUUCUUCCAUGGGUGGUGUUGGUGUUCCGGCUGGCUAUCCGCCAAUGUUCCAAGGUUUCACGCCCGACACCUGGCCCUCCGUCCACAACGCAGGCAACCGUCGUCAGAAUGGGACCAAACCAAGAGCUGUUCCGGGCAGUGUGGCCGGUGAGUCGACCGUCGCCACCGAAUCCGACAUCACUGGGAGUGUAGUUGGACAGGGCGGAGUCAGCUUGGACCAGUUGUCGAUUCAUGACACCAACAAACAUACGAGUUACAACCAAGCCGAUCGAUUGAAGAGGUAUGUUGAAGGUGGUGCUCCCGGGGUAGGCUAUAUUGGCAGCCACCGACUUGGGAAAGUUCUCCAUGAGGACGAAGAUGCUCGCAGCAUCUCUACCGCAUUUGCCAGCCAAGUCGGGGGUGGCUACGAUUGA